CCCCCUGCUUGACGAGUCCUGCUUGUCUCCGUCUGUCUCCUCUCACGACCCGUCCGCUCAACCCACAAUUCCCAGCGUCGACACAACAUGGAAGAGGCCAACAGCUGCAAGAGAACAAUGUUAUGGCUGUGAAAUAACUUCAAGACCCGAACGCCGAGAUUCUUCUGAACGCUGCGAGUCGGCCGUGGUCAUGUACAACUUAUUUUGUCAUCUAAGCUGAAUGAACUUUGGCCUUUUGAAGACCCAAGCAUGAGUAUUAUCCAGGACAAGCUAGGCAAUGAGUUUUUACGAAACGGAGGCAUGGACCCCAACUUUCCCCCCAGCAUGAUUAUGUUUAGUCAUUUACCACCAGUGACCAGUUUCACACGGCUGACUUCUCAAGCCUCCAUGGGGGAUCUGCCUCAGGAAAUGAUCCUGAAGAAGGAGCGUGACUCUCCCGACCAUGGUGGUGGCUUUCUCCAUAGUAUGGGUAUCAAACAGGAGAAGCUCAGCGAGUUCGACUACCGUCUCCCGAUGUAUGCAGGAACUGGAAUGACAGGAGGAAAAAGCACUGAUAUGCUGGACAUGUCGCUUGGAAACCACCAAAAUAUGCUUCUGCAUGACCUAAGCCUUUCAAAUCAGUUCUCUGGGAGAUUAGGGAAAGACCCAAAAGAAUCUGGAAAUAGAAGAGGGAAGAAGGCAAAUGGAGAAGGACCAGAGGGCAAAUCCAGAAGAAAACAAGGGGACUCUGCAAAGUCGCUCAUGCUAGAUGGGGAUGCUGGACCUCUCUCUCCAAACUCUAAACCACACAUAUGCGAGCACUGCAACGCAGCCUUCCGCAGUUCCUAUCACCUGCGCAGACAUGUGCUCAUUCACACAGGUGAGAGGCCUUUCAGGUGUAGUCAGUGUAAUAUGAGCUUCAUACAGAAGUAUCUGCUGCAGCGGCAUGAGAAAAUCCACAGUGGGGAGAAACCUUUCAGCUGCGACCAGUGCAACAUGCGCUUUAUUCAGAAGUAUCACAUGGAGAGGCACAAAAGGACACACAGUGGGGAAAAGCCAUAUAAAUGUGACACCUGUCUACAGUAUUUCUCAAGAACGGAUCGAUUAUUAAAGCACAAGAGAACCUGUGGAGAAGCCAUAAAGAAAGGUCUGGACCCAGGGAUGCUAGACCUUGGAGAUGAGGACAUGGGACAAGGCAGCUACCUACUCACUCAGGGAAACACCAGCGCUCCACCACGCAAGAGGGGCAAGUCCAAAAUUGGCAACGAGGGAGGGGAGCGACGACGGAAGAAAGCUUCGGGGGGAGGAGGGGCGCAUAUGACACGGGGACACUAUGAUGCGGACCUCCCCAGUGGAUCAGGGGCAUCUUCUUCAGGAGGUCUGGCUGAGACGAACAUGGACAACCAGCAUGGACGCACGCCAAAGCUUGUCUUCAAGAAAGGCGGUCGCAAGGGAAUGGAUAAGGAUCAAGUGUCUAUGGAUGAGGCCCACCAGGCCUCUAGUCUUCAUGAACAGAAGCCAGGUACUCUGGACAUGUCUGGCCCUGGAAGCAUGGACGGUCUUGGCCUUCUCCAAACCUCCGGUGGACACAAACAGGGAGGUACCAGCAGCAACUAUGACGAUGCCAUGCAAUUUUUGAAAAAGAGACGGUACCUGCACGCUGCUAACAGCAGCGGUGGUCCUGACUUCAGCUCCGUCCACCUUCCCCAGCCGACGGUCAUCCAGGGAGGGAUAGGAGAACCCACAUUGGCCUUGCUUGACACUUCACCUUUAAUAAGUGUCGACAAACAUGACAAGUCAGGGAUCCCAGAUGAGGUGCUGCAGAGCUUGCUUGACCACUAUACCCACAAAUCUGAUGUGACAUUUGAUCUGCAAGAUCCACACCAUGUGGAAUUGCAGCCGGCCUCAUCCACCCCUGAGCUCGUUCAAGAUGACGGGUCCUCUGGUGACAAGAGUGGGGUGAUGAACGAAUAUUCAAAGUUCUUGCUACAGACCUUGGAGAGAACCAGCCACAGCAGCAGCUUCGUGUUGGGUCCAUCCGGACCCUUCCCAAGCCUCCUGUCGUCAAGUGGCAGCCCUUCUAGCACUCUCUUCACAGACAAGAACAUCUACAGUGCCUCCUCGAUGGAGUGUGGAUUUGGACAGCCUGUUUCCUCCCCUCUAGCGCCUUCCUCGUCUUCCCUAACUAAGUCCCAUUUUGCAAUGCUGGUAGGUUCUCCGUCGCCUUCCCAUGCCUCGCCGUCCUCCCAACAAGGCUUUCAUCUUAGCAGCCUGGAACCAGCAACACACCAGCAGCUUACCCCAUCUCAGGAGCUUACUGACCAGCUAGAGAAGCAGCACUCACCGCAAUAUCCUCUCACGACUCAGGAGCUGACCAACAGCAGCAGCCAGAAAGACCAGCAGACCAAGAAUGGCACCUCUUCGGCCAACAACAACGGAAACUGCACUAAUGGCAGUUCAUCUAAUGGCUCCGUCUACUCUCUGGGCCAACCUCCUGACCUCACUUCACUCGAGCCCUCUAAAGAAGUGGACAUGCGUUCCACCUACCAGAUUGAGAACUUUGCCCAAGCCUUUGGGUCCCAGUUCAAGUCUGGUCGCCAGACCCCGCUUGGCUACGUCGGCGACCCGCGGGUAGGGGUUGGGGAAGUUGACCACAGAAUACAGCGGACUACCGUGUCUGAAUUCUCAGGGUAUACUAGUCUGUUAGCAGACGUCAAUGAGCCAGCUAGCUCAGGAUCCAAAACCCCCACAAGCCAAAGUUACAGGUAAGGGUUUAGGUAGCUCACCUAACCCUGUUUUGGGGGAUGAGGACUUUCUCUAAUGCUUCCUCCUCUUCACCGAGUAAACUUUUAUAUUACACUGCCAUUAAAUGUCAAUAGAGGACUUUACCAGGGAAGGCCUACACGACCUCAAAUGCAAUUUUCAUGUUCUUUUUAAUGUAUUUUAGUCAUUUGUUUUAUUAGUAUAGUGGAUGUAAGAUUAGAUUUAAUGACAUUUUCAACAAAAUUAGAGGUUAGCUAAUGGACUUGUUUGUUUUUUUCAGAUACCUAUAUGUCUUAGCUAGCGUAGUCCAAUUAAGGUGUAAGAUUAAAUUAAUAAUGAAAGAUGUCAGGGAGUGGCCCAGUAUUCAAUGGCAAAAAAAUGUAUUGUCUGUUACAAAAAUCUAAAGUAUUACUCAGGAAAAGCAGUAACCUUUUUUUAAUGAGGUGUUGGAACGCCGUUUUUUACAGGUGUACUUUGAAAUGACAGUAAAGCUUUGUUUUUGAAGUUCCUUAAAGAGAAAGACAAGUCAAUUUGGAAUUCAACUUUUGACACUGGUGACUCUUUUCACUACUUUACAUUGCUUACGGUACUUCUAAUGUUAAUGUGAAAACACUUGCAUACUUUAAUCACUAAGGGCCAUGUAAAGAAAAAAUACUGGUAGUCAAGUAGGCAGAUAGGAACAUUUAAGAAUCUGUAGAUAUUUAUUUGUAGCUACAUGGAACUACAUAACUUUUGUCUCAGGGUGAGCAGUAAUUCUUAUCCCCUUCUUUAAACUUUACUUUUUUUGUCAGUUGAAAUCAUUUUUAUGUCUCAAGGAAUGAAAUAAGCACUUUUAUACACCAUUAAAAGCAAGAAUUCAGAUUCAGGACACAAAAAAUUAUUAUUUUUGAUGAAGAAAGCUGUGAUUUUUAAAAGUGAGGGAAGGAGCGGCAGAUUUGCUGAUUGACGAAGGGCAUUCGAAUUUUUGAAUAUUCAUUGGUGGUAUUGGGGAUAUACUGUUAUGAAGUACCUUUUUUAUUUUUUUUUAUGGUUGUGGCCCUUAGGUUAACAACAGUACCCUUGCAGAGCAGACAAGCUUUGAGGUCUAAUGCUUUCAAAGUGUUCAGGUAAUUAUUCGACAUGGUUUGAGUAGCAAACCUCUCACCACAUAGUUUUAAAUUUAAUGCCUGACAAAAUUCCAAGCUUCCCUUUUAAAUUGUUGCAAGGAGCAGAGCGCAACGCGUCGACUUGUGAAAUGUACGAAAGGACCUAAACCUGUGGUGUGUUAAUUUUAAAUCUUGUUUGGUUUUGAUUGAGCAAUGAAUUAGGAAUGAAGCCGAUCACAGAGAGACUUGACUUUGAAACGAGGUUGUCGUCUUCCCAAUGCAAUUUUGAUGCCCUUGGAAAAAGUGGUGGGCAGCUUUGUCUUCCACUUCCUGUGGAUUGUGGCCCAUGCAGUGAACCAUUGCUGUCCUGUAUGAGAGCCUUCAGUUGUCCUGCCUUGUUUUUUCCUUGCCUUUUAUGGAGUCCUGUCACAGAAAUGCCAUUGCUGUGAUGUUGAGAACAAAGACUGAAUGCUGCACUCCAAACUCGUUCCAUGCUUUUAUAGAAAGAAAAAAAAACUUAAAAAAUAAAAUAAAAAGAGAGUGGUGUGAAGAAUAGGAUUGACCUUAAUAUACCUCAUAUCAUUGUAAAAAUGAGAAAACCAGGGACAUGUGUUUCAUGUAGUGGGAAUAUUGUAGUAUGCAUCAGCUUAUUGUAUAAUCAUAUAAUACCACCUUUGUUUACAGUUUAAGCUGAUAUGAUGGAAAACAAAUGUACUACUUUUUUGUCUGUUAAGCGGUGAUGCCAAGCAGUGUUUCAUUGUAGAAAAUGCCUAGAAUUUCAUGAUUUUGUCUGUUUUCCUCUUUGUUUUUGUUACUUGCCAUGUGUUUUGAUAUAUGAUUUCUAGAAAUACUUUGUUUACAGUAAUGUACAAAAACACUAAAAUGUUUUUGCUUUCUUUUUUGUUUUCGAGUAUGCAUGAUAUGAAGUUUGUUUUGUUUUUGUUUAUGGCUUUUCCCUGAUCACCAUUGCACCAAAAGUUUGUAGCAUAUGCGUCCCCGA